AUGGUUGAGUUAGAGAAAAAUAACGGUGGUCAGGACAAGUAUGAAUAUUAUAUCAGGCAAGAAAAUAGUCAAAAUAGCUGGACUAUUCUUAGGAGACAAGGAGAGACUGGUAAACUUUAUGGCUCUUCUCUUACUGAUCAACUAAACCAGUUAAAGACACAGAAAGAUAACACUGCAGAUCCCCAAAAACAGGUCAUCAUAAAUGCAGUUGGAGGAACACUAGGAGGACUUGUAGUGGCUGGAGCUUUAGUUGCUCUAGCCAAGAUAUUUUGGCCAGCAAUUGUGGCAUCUUUUGCCGCUCUAUAG